GGGGAGGAAGAGAGGGAGCGACGCGGAUGACACGCAUACACUCUCCCUGCUUCUCACAUACGGAGGAGAGAGGGACAGAGAGGGAGACAAGAGUGGAGAGACGCGGAGCAGAGGGGAAAGCGCACGGAGAGAUCAGCGGAGAAAUGCCCGCUGGACGGAUGGAUUUUAUUCUCCCUGAGCUGUACGAGCCUUUGUAAGACAACAUGGGCUGCAUUGGAUCCCGGACGAUCACAGCAGACGCGGUGCCGGUACGGAAAGAUGGGGAUCAGCAUGGCCGUACCGAGUUUUCCUGGGAAGGAAUCAAUUUGUCUAUGGAGGAUACUACUUCUAUUCUGCCUCGACUCAAGAGGAAGUCCACCAACGCCUACGGGAUUGGUGCCCUGGCUAAGUCCUCUCUGACAGGUGUGUCAGGUGUGACACGGUCAAUGAAGGACAAGGUGACCAAGCCCACUGCCAUGGCCCAGGGUCGGGUUGCCCACAUGAUCGAGUGGCAAAGCUGGGGCAAACCGACGGCGGGGCCGUGCGGGAGCACAGGGCGUGCCAACCUGCAGCGGGAAAAGGAGAGGAGGUUGGAAAACGAUGCUUACAGCGACCUCAGUGACGGCGAGAAGGAGGCUCGCUUUGCAGCAGGUAUUAUGCAGCAGUUUGCAAUCUCUGAGGCGACUCUGUUUGGGUGGAACUCGAUGGAUGGUGACAGCAUGGGAGCUGGCUCGAACCAGGGCAGCGUCGCUCACCUGAGCGAGGUCAACCAGGAGAGUAUUACCAGCAGAGACCAGGUGCUCCAUCACUCCUCUGCAGAUGUCUGGCCUCACACCUACGUCUCACAGGGCCUGUACUGCCUGUCUUCCUCUGAUGCUUGGGACCCAAUCACCAGCCAGCCCUCGGGCGUGGUUUCACCUGCCGCAGGCUCCUACAUCAUGGCUGCCGGUGGUGGUAGUGGAGCAGAAGGUACCCCUGGAGAUGGGUAUGAGGGCACGGUUGGCAGUUACCUUCAGCAGCACCAGACUCAUCUUGCACUGCAGCAACAAAGUCAACUCCAGCACCUACAACAGCUUCAUCACUACCAGCAGCAACAGUUUCUGCAGUACCAACAACAACAGUCUUUGGAGCACAGGCUACACAGUGGCUCCCCUUCCCUCCAAGCCACUCCGAACAGCACCAUCCACAGCCUCGGUCCUCCCACUCACCCCCGGCUAGUGGACCUGUGGGGGGCUGCGCAGGUAGAGGCCCAUCAGGUGGAGAUCGUUGGUCAGCUGAGUGAGCAGAUGCUCGACAUGGUUGGAGGAGUUGUAGAGACGGUCGGGGAGGAACCGGAGCCUGAAUCCGAAGGGAUCCUGGAGCAACAUGAAGAGGAAGAAGAACUGACAAGGGUAGAGGAGAUAACACUGACCUUAGAGCCAGAGACAUGCUCUUUAACACCAGCCCCGCUGAGGGAGGAAGCCCCAACGACAAGGGGUUCAAGCCCAGGAACACCAGCGCAGCCUGCAGAACCCAUUCCAGAGAGGAUACCUUUUGAUGUCACCCCUUGCGUCGUCCAAUCGCUCGAAGAGAAAGACGAGGAGGCGGAGGAGGGCUCCAUUGUCGUCGUUGCAACAAACUGAGUCACACGGCCACAAAAAGACUAAGACUUCAAUAAUUAAUCAAGCUUCUACCCCACCCCUUCCUUCCUUCUCCCAAAUAUUUACCUUUCUAAACCCGAGUAAACGCUACUUCAGCUGGAAAUGUUGGAUGUAAUGUAUACAAACUAGAUGCCAUCAACUCCCAGCCUCCCAGUUUAGCAUCAAAAAAGUGGACCUGAACAAGACUAUGAACAAGUAAUAUUAAAGGACGGGAGGGACAAGAAGUCUUACCCUGCUGGAACUCAGAAACUGAAGAUAUAAUGAAUUACUAAUGUUUGGACCAACCCGACUGACGAGCCAGGACUGGAAACCAAAUAGGGGAUAAAAGGAUGGAUGCAAAAUUCCCCAAAACAGAGACAAAACUGAGAGAUGAAUAAAAGGGCAAAUAAAAAAAAAUAAAAAAACACAUCUGUGCAAUACAAUAAUUAUGGAUACAAAAAUGGGUUGUUAAAUAAUUCAGAGUGUUUGGUUCCUGUUCCUUGGAGCAACAGAAGUCUCAGAGAGACUGUUGGAGAGCUGUUUGGUUUGCUAAUUGAUGCAUUUUGGUUGGACUGCAUUCCUGCUUAAUGCAAAGUGGAGACUCAAACCUCAGAGCAACCUGGGGCGUGCACUUUGAGUUAUUUGCAAACAAACCAUCUGACCACAACCAAAAAAUGCAUGCUUUUUAACAGUGACCUAGCCCUAACAGUAUAACCCAGUAUACAAGUAAUAAUAUAACAAAUUGUUUUUUACAAUAAAAGGAAAAAAAAAAAACAAUAAACUGAUAUGUAUCUGUAUGAAUGUAAGACUGUAUGUAUGUGUGUAUGAAUGUAGCUGCUUCGUGUGUAAAAUAUAUAUUCUGGGAAACAAACUCAUA